CCACGAAGUUUGGCUUUAUAGCGGGCGAAGAACACGUAUAAAGGUGUUCAGGUCUAAGUAACCCAACGGAACUUGGACUUCCGGUAGCUUAACUCGUGGUUAUUGAAAUGCCGUGAUCUACUCGGAAGAAAACAAGGCAACAUGAGCUCAACUGUAAAUGUCAUGAUUCCGUACGCUAAGCUGUCGAGAAGAGAUAGUCCCUCAAACAGUCUGGAUUGUAAAAUUUUACCAAAUCAUCCUAUUCAUCAAGGGCCUUCUGAUCUCCUACCAGAUAAUUACAUCCCAUUCAAGCCUUUCUUUCUUCCAUCAUUAACAUUUGAUUCCGAAGUAGUUUCUUAUUCAUUAUCAGUACCUAAACCAACAAUUACUCUAACACCUGCAGUUAAAAAAUUUGCCUCAUCCCCAUUUAACAUAGGAAUUGGUUAUUGUAAUAACAGGCUCAUAUCUCAAGAACAGAAAAAUGUGAGUUUAAUGCCAAGAGAUAAGAAAGUACUGGAGAUUACUGCAGGUGAUUGUUCAGAAGAAGAAGACGUAAAAACAAAGGAGUCAUCUUCACCUCUUCAUUCAAGCAGAUUAAAUAAAUCAAGCAGUUAUUCCAAUAGUAAUAUUAUUCCAUGUGGUUGGGGUACAUCUCCUAUGAAUGGAUCAAACAGAGUUGCCAUGACUGGCAGCUCUAACCCAGUAACAGAAGAUUUAAAAUGGUUGGCUAAUGUAGGUACAGUUAACCAGAAUCACUCUUUAUCACCCUCUCAAUCAUCAGUAAUACAUUUGUCUGACCCUCCUGGACUGCCAGCUUCAUUCAUCCACUCAGACUUUGGUAGCCUGUUCCAUUCACCAGCUUCAUUGAGAAGUGAUUUAAAUGAUCAAAGAUUUUAUAGUUCACAAUUUCAAUUCUCAAACCAUCACACACCACAUUCACCUUCUCUUUCUGGGACCAGCAUAAAUAAUAAAAGCUCACAACUUACAACUUACAAUUCUCUCUAUCCUGCUUAUUCUAACUGUGCACCUAGUUUAGGUCGUCAACAUUUCUUUUCAUCAGAAUCUUAUCCUGUAGUUCUUCCAAAAGGUGGUAGCCAUACUCUAAGUGUGACAAAUCAUCCUUUAGUACAGCCCCAGUCAACUGUUGCUCUUAGUCACUCAAUUUCUGUACCUAGUCACCUAACACAAGUUAGACAUAAUUAUGUGCCAACAGCAAGCCCUUGUGAGCAGCAGGGACCUUUGAUACAAACAAGAUCUCAUUAUCUUGUCGAACCUAGCCAAUCUCUUGAAAGAAAGCACUACAUCAAUAAGUUGUCAUCUCGGUAUUCUCCAGUUUCAAGAAUGGAAGAUAAACAUAUUCCUUCCAAAUCAACUCCAGGUGAGGAAGUCCAGUUUCAACUGUCUAAACAUUCCGUGUCUAAUUCUUGCACUAAACAAGUGCCGUUAGACUCUAAGUUGUCCAGAGGUAUACCUCAGGGAAUGAGCUACAAGAUUCCAGCUGGUAAAGAAGGCAGUCUAAAACAUCGCAUUUUGAGGCCUUCAAAUAUACAUAUAACUGAACCACCAGCUUCUGCACUCCACAGUGCACCUCUCUCUGCCCCCCCAAUUCAUGGACAACGAGAUGAACUUCCAUCACCAAAACAACCUUGCCUGGGAACACCUGUGCCUCAAAGUAGCUUUUCUUCUUUUUCAUCACAUGCGGCUCAACGACUAAUUCCACCAAAACGAAAUGCAGUCUCUAAUGCAUUCAGUCCAUCCAAUGACAUGAUAUUUCAACAGGCCAACAGAUCUUCUACUUCUCAACUUCAUUAUCCAGUUUAUUUCAGAAAAGGGUCCAUCAUACAACUUGCAGAUGGACAGUUAAAGAAGGUGGAAAAUCUGGCAACUGAAGAUUUCAUACAUAGUGCUAGUCAGAGUGCUGAUCUUCGUAUAGACAGUAGCACUGUUGUAAAAAUAGAGGAAGUAACCAAUUCAGGUUCAGUCACAUUAGGGUUCUGUGUGGGGAACAGCCAGGUACAGGUAAGCGUAGAGGCACCAGUUGAGCAUCCUUUCUACAUUUUUCAGCAGGGUUGGUCAUCUUGUUCUCCAGAAAGAUCUCUUCACAGGUAUGGCUUGGUCUGUCAGAAACUGAAGAUUGGCGAUGUCUGUAUUUGUCUCACACAGAAGUUUAGUCCUGAUGUACAACUAGCCUUUAACCAGUUUUCCUCUCCUGGGACCUCUGCUGCAACUUUUACAGUGCCAAACUCAGUUUCUUGUGACUUGGCAAAAGCAUCAGUCCAUGUCUCUGUGGGGAAGGAUUUUAAUGGUCCUUCUUCAUCUAUUAGAUCUAGGAUUCCUUUACUAUCAUCUAAGAAAUCAACAUGUGCUACAACUACUGUCACAUUUUCAAGGCAGAGUCCCCUAGUUGCUACCACAAUUACAGCUCUUCACCCACAACGAAAGCGUCGUUGGUCUGCCCCAGACAUUAGGUCUGAAGCUAAAUAAUGUAAUCUGUAACUAUAUAUAACUACUAAUAUAAACUUAAGCUUAAAAAGAAGAAAAAUCUGUUUAACCUGUUGAUGUUGAUUUUGUACUCUAUCAUCAAAUAAUAAGAUUAUACAUACAUAUAUUCAGUUAAUGUAAUUUUUGGCUCACUGAGCUGAAACUUUGGUAAUGUGAAUGGAAUUUUAAAUAUCAAAAACAUAUUGGACAACACAUACGCAUAUAUAUAUACACAUAUGCCCACACCUUAAACUUUGCACUAAAAGAAAGCUCCAUAGAACAAGUAAAGAAUGAUAAGGUGGAACUAUAUUUUCAGGUGACUUAUUACGCACCAAAGCUGUUAUUAGUAAUAGAAUAAAAGGGAGAAAGGACAUACUAGGUUAGUAAACUCAUUUUGACAGGUAUAUUUAUGAAGGAGAGAUUGUUGAAAGAAUAUAUACUUGUUCAAUUUUGAAAAAGGGUUUGUUUGAGAGUUUACCACUUGUUAUUUUUCUAUAGCUGAAAGACUUGCCUAUAUAUAUAUAUAUAUACAUACUGAUGUGUAUAUAAUUAUUUAAAUAAUUGUAUUGUGCCUGUGUGGCUUCUGUAGAACCAGUGCUUUUUGUAUGACAUAAAUUAUCAA